UUACGCAUAUUCACAUGUCGCAGUUCUGAUACACAACAGUGUGUCUGAACUAGCCAGGAAAGGAUCACUUCUCUUCAUAUAUCUAAGCUUCUGUAGUGUUCAAACUAAACUGAUAACACGGUGAUGUGAGAGUAAGCAACAGAUGCUACCGGUGGUUGGAUUAGUAUCGGAAUCAGUAUUCUAUAAACUGUCGACCAGCUGUUUUGUGUUGUACGGCCGAAUAGAGAGAAAAAAGUGAUGAUUGUGAUAACAGAUUUAGCAAUAAUUUAAAGCAGUGUCAUGAUAUAGCCGUUGUGCGCUGGCCUUUACUCUUAUCAGUGAGCUAGUUUACGCGACAUGAAAGAGUGUUUAUAGAUGCCAAAAUAGAAACGCAAAAUUCUUCCAAACUCCGCAGUUCAAAAGUGCCUUCUGUAUGAGAUUUGAUUAAUAUACUACAGUGCGGAGAGUGUAAAAUCUUACGAAAUAUUGUAGAAAAACAUGAGUCUUGAUACAAUGAAUGAUAUAGUUAAAAAGUACAAGAACUGGAAAUCUUACAUCAAGCUAAAGGAAAUAGCUAAUGAUUCUACUUCCCGUUGUGUCUCAACAUCCAAUGGUGCAUAUUCGUCUCGACAGUUCGUAAAGCUAGUCUCAGACGGGAUGGAGGACGAAACGAUCUUCGGCGAGAAGCAAUCGAUACGGGACUCGGCCCGGGCGUUGAAAAAAUAUGGCAGCAUUUCCGGCGGAAGCAGUGGGAGCGGUGGCAGUCGAUCGCCAGCCCUCAGCUCGGAUGCACUCAUCCGACAUGACGUGGAGCAGACGGAUACGCUACAAGGAAUUGCGCUGAAAUAUGGAUGCAGUAUGGAACAAAUCCGACGCAUCAACCGUCUCCUGCCGACCGAUACCAUCUUUCUGCGACCAUUCCUGAUGAUUCCGGUCGCCAAGGAUUCACCCUUCUAUCCAACGGACCCGUCGGCCAUCAUCAGGCCCAGUGUCCUGUCGGUUCGGUCGGCGUCGAUCGCCGGAUGUCCGUCCAGUUCGUUGGCCUGUUCCACGCCAUUGGAUCCGGGUAUCAGCGAGGAAAGCGCUAUUUCGCCCGAAGAGGAAAGCCGGAAAAACAUGGAAGAGUUCCUAGGCAAAAUUGACUCGUCGAUAGCUUCGACACGAAAGUACAUUGCAGAGUCGCAGCGGAAUAGUGAGUUCAUCUCCAGCCAAAGCGACGAUAAUAUUUUUAGUUCCGGUGCUAGUAUGAACAGUAGUGGGUACUACUCGAAACCGAGGGCCUACUCGACGGCGUCCUCCUCGUCAUCAAUCUCUUCAUAUCAACAGUAUCAUUUCCAUUCGUCGGGAGGCGGCGGUGCUAGUUCAUCACAUCACAAACGACAGAGCUCCUCUGGGAGUGCGGUUUCCGAUACGAGUCAGCUGAUCGUGAUGACCCAAGGUAAACGGGUGCAAAGCUCCCUCCAAAAACUGGAAAAACAACAGGACGAACUAUUCGAAUUGUAGCAGCGACAACAUCAAUGGACCAUGCGGUCGUCGUCCACGGAGGACGAAGAAUCAUCUUCAUCGAUAGAAUUGAAAGUGCUGGUGGAUUAUCAUCAACCGGAAGAGCAUAUUUUCGGUGGUGCUGCCCCCAUUGGCAACCGUGCUAGCAGUUAUGGCUAUUAUUACUAUAGAAAUCGUCCCUCUUAUCGUCAGCUGGCGACAACGCUUGGAUCUGAGUUCAAGUCGCGGAUCAGCAAUUUUCUCGCUUUCUUGAUGCGCACAAGCGGCACCAAUGAGCGACGUCAGUUGCAAUAUCAUCGUAGUUAUCACCACCGCAGCCACGAAGGAGAGUCAACCGAGGGAAAAAGUCCAAUGCGACGGAUAUUGGACGACCGGAGCUUUAAAAAUUACUGUAAGCUACCAAAGGCCAACGGGUAGAGGAGGAAACGGAUGAGUAGGUAAGUAGACCAUUUCCAACUGUAUCCUAGAAGCGAGUCAAACAAUUUAGGGACGAGAAUAUACACAUAAGAAUGUUACAGAAAUCUAAUAUGAUGGCACAUUACACUUACCAACACUGAUACAAAAAAAACUGAUACAUAAUCGAUGAGAUUCAUCCAUAGAGCAAUAACCCUCUGACGAAAAGGAUAGUAAAUUUGUUUUUUUUUUUUUUUCUUUAUCGUAGUGUGUACCUAUAUUUAUAAGAACAAUACCUUAUGCUUAAGCGUUAUCUUCGUUGCUAACUAUUCUCAAAUUAUGAUUAGUAUGUUUGCUGCACAUUGCGGCAGUUUCGAAACUGUUUAUAGCGUGGAUUCCUUAUUGCAUCACAUUCGAAUGAAUUUCGUUUUUUUUUUCUCUCGAUUGGCCGGUGGUACGGUAAGCGUCACUAGCGCUACGAUCAGUCUCAGCAGAGGUCGUUUGAAUUUUCUGAGGCUGUAAAUCUCUGGUCACAUCUUGCUUCGGAAGGGAACUAAUGCCGUUGGAUUAGUGAUGUUUUGUUGAAAAUUUAUUUUUAUUGGAAAAUCCGCCCUAAAUAGAAUAAAGGCAGCUUGCCAGUUUUUUGUUUGUUAAAUUUUAAUCUUCAUCAAUUUAGUUUAGCGAUUGUUUCAAAAUUAAGAUGCUAUUGUAUUAUCAUUUUGUGAUGCGCUGAGCUUUGGCAAAAUGUAAAACAUGAGUAGGUAUAUCAGUUCUUUCCAGACUACGUACCGUAAAUUAAAUUGCAAUGAAUAGAAAAAUGCACCGCUGCUAGUGGCUCAUGAAGGAGCUCUUUUUUCAAAUACACUUACUUUUGAACGUCUUGCCACGAAAUAUCUUUUUCUAUAACAUAUUUUUGGAUCCACCAGACUUCUUUACUAGCAACAUUAGAAAAAUAAAACCAUUCUACAAACCAUCUUCCAGGCUUACCACACGUGAUACUGACUAACCAAGUCAAACCCUUUACUAACUUACGUUUAUAUUAGAAAUACUCAGAGGGAGAGAUGGGCGGAGAGAAUGUUUUGAAACAAAUGAACUGCCAAAAUCGGAGCCAACCGAACAUUCCCAUUAGAAUUUGUCCGAAAUUAAAUUUGAGAGUAUUGCAA